AUGAGUUGGCGUCGCGAGUAUUCGGGCGGAGGUCGCCCACCCGGCUGGCUGGGCGACGCGGCUUCGCUCAAUUUUCCGAGUCAAAGCCGUGGGCUUGGCGGCAGGCCGCUGAGCUAUUUGGCUGCACAACAAGGCGGAGGACAUCCAUUUCAUGAGGAGCACCACGAAGAUGCCGUUCCGAUGGAUCAUCAUGGUCGCGCGUCGGCGCUCAAUUUUCCGUCGACUUAUCGGGCGCGUGAAGGCUUCUCCCGGGACACCGGCCUAAUGGAAGACGCCCUUGCUCACUCGCUCGAAGCGGAAAGUCUGAUCCCAGGCGCGCGGCCGAUCCCAGCCCAACCACCUCGUCCAGCCUCAGUUGCCGGACUGGGCCUUAGGCAUGGUCCCUCUCCUCCCGCUCCUCCCGCCGGCCAGUUUAACAUUUGGACGACGAACAGCGGUGGUGGUGUUGGUGGGGCUCAGCGGCAAGGAGGAGCAGGAUCCCCUGCUGUUACUUCUUCUCCGCUACGCGACACCCCGCCCUCUGCCGCCCUCCGCGAGCUGCUCAAUCGAUACCCGUCGGCCAGACAGAACGUGCUCAACUACUCGCGGGUGGCUGGAGACGAUAUUCAAGACCGUAGUAGUCGCUCGGACUCGAAUUCUGUAUUCCGACCUAAUUUUGAACCUGAUCAGGGUCGAUUCUCACCUAAUUCCAAUCAGCACUACAAAUCCGGGCGAAACUACGAGCUACAACCCGGCCACUCUGAUACGGGGAGAUUUUCGCCGAAUUCAAAUUCUCGUGCUCCAGUGAACUCUGGCCGUUUCUCACCUCCGGGGCGGCACUACGAGCCACAACCUGGACGACUAGAAACCGGAAAUUCUGAUUCUUCGGGACGUUUUUCACCGAAUUCCACUCAAACUACAAACUCCAUAUACCAAAAACAGCCUCAAAACGCUGGGUAUCGACAGAGUACUAGUAGAUUUGAAUCCGGAAAUCCUCAAGAUCUCCCCACUUUCUUCCAGAAAACGUUAAACUCUGGGCUAUUCGAACCGGAAGCUCGGACUGCCGUAGCUGCACCUCAUUUUUUCGAGAAAUCACUGCAAACUGGGCUUUUUGGGCCUCAGAAUCUCUCUCAAGAGCCCUAUUCCACUCGUCAAGUGUAUCAAAACGUACCUUACAAUUCUGGUACCCAAGUUCCAACCGGUACCCUCCAAUUCCGUCCUACUACUGACGAACGGGGUUUUCCAACGGUUGAACUAACCGGCCCGAGGAGAACGACCUCACUUCCGGUUGACGAAUUUGGGGACGAGCUCCGCCGAUUUAAUCAGCUCUCAAAUUCCUAUCACGAAUUUUCCGAAAAACCGCAUUGGCGUGAAGAGCGGGGUUUUCACACGCUACCCAGGAAUUUUGAAGAGCCGAAGUACCAUCCGGGAGUGACGUACAGGGAGACGGUAACUACUGAGAGAUCCAACGGAGCUGGGCCUACGAUAAGGGAAACCCGUACUGUGGCGGAUUACGGUAGCGGACCACAAACGACUGUGGUAAAAACGACGGUACCGGGGAGACAGCCUGGGAGCCAUACCCAAAACGGUUUUGCGACGCAACAAGCCCGACCGGGUCAGCCCCAAAAUUUCUCUUUGGACGCUUUUGUGGAUGAGGUGCUGGGGGACGACAUGAAUCGCUCGACGAAUCAGUGGCGGAACAAUUUUGCGCAGGUGCAAGAGAAGUUCCGCGGUGCCGAAGAGUCCAGCCCGUCGCCAUCAUUCCCCUACGUUAAUGGACAAAAUGCCACUCUGGCCAAAAGUCCCUCCCACCAUGAAGUUCAACAACAUUCGGGCAUUGUCCCAAGAGACCAGAACGAUACCCCAGAAUUCCGGAAAUCACCCCAAAUCACCCAAUAUUGGGAGAACACGCUCCGCUCCACCACGCCAAAUCAGAAUGGGAGAAUGUCAGCUGCGGAACGCCUACAAAUGCUACACGAGGAUCCAAAUGACCCGCCCAGAAUCCCGCAGCGGAUGGGAUCCAGUGAAGCGCUAGCAGCGAGAAAGCUCCAAUUCCAACGGGAAAUGGAGAGGACCCAGAGUCCGCAGCCCUACAAAUUCCAGCCGAUACGUAUUCAUACUAAUGGCGGUCCAAAUUUUGCUACGUUAGAUUCAAAAACAGCUGGUGUAGCUAGAUUCCCACUUGAGGAAUUUACGUUAAGUCCUCCUCGACCACGUCCGAAAAUCCAUUCUCCAUCUCCAGAUCAGCUCUCGGAAUCAAGUAGCGUCUACCAGAUGCCUUCUGGUCUCCCUCACCCAAAACCGAAACACAACAUCAAGGAGCAAAUCUACUACGCAGGACUUCAGCAAAAUACCUUGCCGAGAAGUGGUCUAAGAACCUCCCCGAAUUUCCCGGCCCCUAGCGUCGGGAGCGUGACGAGCAGGAUCACGGAGUUUGAGGGAAGACCCGGUACUCCUACACUGCAGCUCGGAGGAGCAGCUUUCCAAAAUGCCCAGGAGCGAGAACCGGGGCCACUGAGCCCGAGAACAACGGUAUUCCGGAAUAACCAGCCUGUCAUUAAUAUGGAGAUGGGGAACUCGGGGAGGUCGACCCCGAUCCCGACAAUGUUUGAAUUCGCGCAACCGGAGAUUAGGAUGGAGCACAGGCAGCAUCAACCGCAGUUGCCGCAGCAACAUCAGCAAUUUCAUCAGCAGCAUCAACAGCAGCAACAGCAACAUCAACCGGAAGUGCAGCGGCACCCAGUCUCCGCUCACAUCAGUCUUUUCUUCCUC